AUGGGCAAGGAAGAAACUCAGAGGAAUUGGAAAGAAAAAUGGUCCAUUAUGGCCGAACCUUGUGGAGGUUUUUUGUUAGGUGAUGUUGAAAUUCAAGAGGAGCUGGCCACCGCUGGGAGUUGGAAAUUUAGAAGGAAGUCUCCGAAGAGGCAUGGGGAUGGAAAGAAUAUUGUGGGAGAUGCGGCAGAGUGGCCCGGUUAUGUGUCCUCUAUUGGACGAGCUAAUUCCAUCUCGUUCUUGUGUGGAGAGUGCGCAGAGAUGAUGGUGGUCGGCAAGGACCAAGUUCAAGGUAUUCAUGGGGGCGAAGAUGGAAAUGUCGUUGUCAUGGGAAUGAGAAGGAAAAUACUUGUGACUACUGAUUUAGAAGGUAAGACGGUAUUGAUUCUUGAUUCCUUACUUCAUUGGGUGCGAUGGGAAAUUGAAAAGAAUGAAAAAUGGAAGCAGCAAAGGAAUGAAGCAAGAGAAGUGGUGUAUGAGGAGAAGUGGUUUACAGGUGGCAAGUUGGGAAGUCACAAUAAUGAGAUAGAAGGGAAGCACGUGUAUGGUGGGUUUGCUUGGGGAAUUGUUUCUACGGUAAUUAGGGUUUCUGGAAAAAUCUUAGUCUUGUUUGAAGUUAGCCCAAAUAAUGCACAACUCCUGUUCGGAUUGCAGGCCGGUGAGGGUAAUUCGAGGGGUUUUAACCCCACUCUUGUGGUAAAAGCACAAGAAUGGGAGUUGGAAGUGGGUACUGGCAGCAAGAUGAUCAGCGUUUUUGGCGAAGGGAAGAUGAUGGAUCCUAUGCUACAAGAUGUCUGCGGAGCAACAAAAGGACAUAGUCAUUUGAUGAAGUUUGAAAUGAGGGAUAUGGACUUAUAG